UUUUUUUACAAAAAAAAAAAAAAAAAGAACACGCUCGAACAGACAAGUGCCCGGGAGCUGUGAGAGCGGAGACCCGGAGAGAAAAGAAGCGUUCGGGGCCCUGGGCAGGUCUCUCGGUACCCGGGAGAGGCGGCUCCUGCUUCUCGGACGGCGGCUCCAGCACCGCGGACAGCGGCUCCAGCACCGCGGACAGCGGACAGCGCCAACAUGGCUCCGAUCGCGGCCAGCCGGCAGCAGUUCGAUGAAAUUCCUGCAGUUGUUGGGAUCUUUAGUGCAUUUGGCCUUGUCUUCUCUGUCUCCCUUUUUGCUUGGAUCUGCUGUCAACGUAAAUCUUCCAAAUCAAAUAAGACCCCUCCAUAUAAGUUUGUCCAUGUUCUGAAGGGGGUUGAUAUUUACCCUGAGAAUCUCAACAGUAAGAAGAAGUUCGGAGCAGAUGAUAAAAAUGAAGUGAAGAAUAAAUCAGCAACGCCAAAGAAUUCUCUCCAUCUUGACCUGGAGAAGAGAGAUCUAAAUGGCAACUUCCCCAAAACAGCCCCUAAAAUCCAGAGCUCUCCAGAUCUUGAAAAUUUGUCUCCUAAGCACUUUGCAGAAAGGAAGAAAGACUCAGUGUCUCCUGAUAGUUUAAAAUCCAUCACUUCCCUGUCAUCUGAAGAUAAACAAGACAAGCUAGGAACUCUCUUUUUCUCAUUAGAGUACAACUUUGAGAAAAAAGCAUUUGUAGUGAACAUCAAAGAAGCACGUGGGCUGCCAGCAAUGGAUGAACAGUCAAUGACUUCUGAUCCCUACAUCAAAAUGACAAUCCUGCCUGAGAAAAAGCACAAGGUGAAAACCAGAGUGCUGAGAAAAACCUUAGAUCCAGCUUUCGAUGAGACCUUCACAUUUUAUGGAAUCCCCUAUAGCCAAAUUCAGGACUUAACAUUGCACUUUAUGAUCCUGAGCUUUGACAGGUUUUCCAGAGAUGAUGUCAUUGGAGAAGUCCUCAUUCCCCUUGCAGGAAUUGAAUUGUCAGAAGGAAGACUGCUAAUGGACAGAGAGAUCAUCAAAAGAAAUGUUAGGAAAUCAUCUGGGCGUGGAGAAUUACUGAUCUCUCUCUGUUAUCAGUCUACAACAAACACGCUCACUGUGGUUGUUUUAAAAGCCAGGCAUCUACCUAAAUCUGAUGUGUCAGGAUUAUCAGACCCUUAUGUCAAAGUGAACCUGUACCAUGCUAAGAAGAGAAUUUCUAAAAAGAAAACCCAUGUGAAGAAAUGCACCCCCAAUGCAGUGUUCAAUGAAUUAUUUGUCUUUGACAUUCCUUGUGAGGGCCUUGAUGAUAUCAGCAUUGAAUUUUUGGUUUUAGAUUCAGAUAUGGGGUCAAGGAAUGAGGUCAUUGGCAGGUUAACCUUGGGAUCUUCAGCAGAAGGAACAGGUGGAGAGCACUGGAAAGAAAUUUGUGAAUAUCCGAGGAGACAAAUUGCCAAAUGGCAUAUGUUGUGUGAUGGUUAGCAGCUUAGAAAGGGUCAGAACUUGAAAAAAUAUAUGUAUUUCCAUAGGCAAGGAGCAGUUUUCUUUCUAUACUAUGUAUAAUUACAGGCUUGUAACUACAAGACUUUU